UGCUUGCUGUUGGUUGUAUAUUAUGACUAUGAACAAGCCUGUCAACUCCAUUGCUGAUGACCUUUCAGGUUUGCGAACAGAUUAUCAUGAAUUGAUGGAACAACUGCAAAGGAAACAGAGGACUCUCAGGUCAAAGUUCCCACAAAAUGUCACAACAACAAGUCCAAAAAGAAGCAGACGAAGUGACAAGAUAUGUAUGGAAAAUCCAGGUGCAAAACGAAUGAAGAUUGUGGAAAACGAGAAGACCUUUGCAUCCAGAUCAAAGCAGAACAUUCCUCUACAGACCCAGAAAACAUCUACACCUUAUAAAUUCAGUAAGCAUUCAAGAACAACCGCUAGAACUAAUAUGUCAAGCAGUCAUAUACAGGUUUCAACAAGUUUAAAGCGGAAACAUGCUGGUGGAAGUUUUUUUAGCAACUUGACUGCUAGUGAAAAUGACAAAUUUAUUAUUGAUGAUGCAAACCGUAGGUCCAAGAAACCAUACCCCACACCUUUAAGAGUCCAUAACACUCAUAAAAUGUCUUUUACACAACAAAAACAGCAGCAAACGUCAACUCCAAAAUCAAUUAUGAAAAAGAAAACUACCCAUGUGAACACUUCUGCUUCAACCUCUGCAUCAUUACACAAAUCGGAGAAGGAAAAUAUUGUGGGACUUAGAAGAUCGACACGACUCUCACGUAGCCCUCAUUUUCAUUCAGAUGCUUUGCGAUCAGAUUACCACAAUGAAAUGAGGAAGCGUAGAAGACUAUCUGAUGAUGUCCUGAACAAUUCUUACAAACAACAGCUAGAUCAUACUGGAAAUAACCGACCUAAACAUUUUCAAGCAACAGAUGUAACACCAAGACCAAAAUCCAUAUUAAUGCAGAGUAGGAAAUCAAAAAGGACACCAAAUAGGGUAAACUUUUGUCUGCAUGACACAACAUUAGACCAAUCACAUCUUGACCGAAGUGGAAGAGUCCAACCAUUGCUAGGCUAUGAUUGGAUAGCUGGUUUGCUUGAUGCAGAAGACACCAUUUCAGAGAGGUCAGAUGCUUUUUUUGAUGAGUUGAAAGACUUCCGUAGAGUGAAUAAGGAGGACUGCGUCUACAGACAAACUGAUGAGAGGUAAAGAAAAUGCAUGAACA